GUCUCUGGCUAGAGGUCCUUCGAGUCGCGUCUCCUUGGGUUCAUUCCGUCCCUACGAUUAUUGACUCAUGUAUCGGCUAGCGAUGAAGACAUGGCUGGCAAUAGUGAUUGUAGUAGUUGGGACAAGCCUCUUCUUUGACACCGCCUCGGCCAGUUUCAUAGACGGCACCUGUCGAGGCGUAAUGGGUAAUCGUGACAUUUACAAGAAGGUAGUGCGUGUGUGUGAGGAUUGCACCAAUAUCUUCCGACUUCCAGGGCUGGACGGCAUGUGCAGAGAUCGGUGUUUCUACAACGAAUGGUUCCUGAUUUGUCUAAAGGCUGCCAACAGGGAGGACGAGAUCGAAAAAUUCAAAGUUUGGAUCAGCAUCCUGAACGCCGGUCAGUGAGGUCGAACGCGACAAGAUUCCUUCCGCUUGCAAGGCCCCGCCCCCGCAGGCCAAAACCGACGACACUUGGCGACUAAUGAAAAUCAUCAUUAGUUUUUAUUACAAUUACUAUCUUUAGUUUGGUUUUAUCUGUUAGUUUACUGGUACCAGUAAAUUAUAUGCCAGUCUGAGCCUACAAGGCCUGGCGGUCAUGUUGAGUAUGUAGACGAAAAAGUACAUGUGAAAUAUUCCCUCUGAUUUGCUGUCCUGUGUUGUAACGGAAUCCGGAUACCUGUUUAUUUUGCAGUUUAAUAGAUGUACUGAUUUUAAUUUGGAAGUUAAACUAAAGAAAUAUCACGUAUUUUAAUAUUUAUGUAUAUUCUUCGAGGAUACUUUUUUAUGUGAUUUAAUUGCUUCCUCAUUGUUAUGAUGGACAUAAAUAAAAGUUACUGGAAUGCUUA